AUGUUUUAUUUGCAGUAUGGAUUUAUUAACACUUGCUUGAAGUCACUGGUGAUUGAAAAGUUUGGGGAAGAGACAUGGCUCAAACUCAGGAAAGAAGCUGGAGUCCAGGACACCUUCAUGACACAUGAGGUUUAUGAAGAUGAAAUCACCCUGCAGCUGGUAUCUGCAGCCUGCAAGCUUCUGGGGGUUGCACCAGAGGUUGUUUUGAUGCAGUUUGGAGAGUACUUCUUUGAGUUCUGCAAGCGCUCUGGUUAUGACCACAUGCUGCGGACUUUAGGAGGAAACCUCUUUGAGUUCACUGAGAACUUAGAUGCUCUUCACAGCUACCUCUCCCUCUCCUAUAAGGAGAUGAAUGCACCAUCCUUCCGGGUGGAAAGGAAUCCUGACGGCACCCUGCUUCUCCAUUAUUAUUCAGACCGCAGGGGCCUCUGCCACAUUGUCCCCGGCAUUAUCGGCGCUGUUGUCAAAGACUUUUUCAGCAGCGAGUUAACGAUGGAGAUAGUCAACCAGGUGGAGGAGCUGGAGAGGACCGGCAAGAAGGAGCAUGUGGUUUUCCUGGUUAAACAACAACCAGCUGCUGAUCGCUCCGGUGUGGUCAAAACUAAGGCUGAGUCCUCUCACAGGGACCGAUCAGUCCAGCCUGCCAAGAUGAUAAAUAGCAGUACUUUUGGUCAACUUUGGUCCUCCCCCCCUCAGGGCUGUGGUUUCUCAGUGCACAGGAGUCGCUGGGAGACAAUCAGGAGCUUGGUUCAACUUGGAAAAGGCAGGCUGCUGCGAGGCUUUGAGCCAGUCUAUCCUGAAACACUCAACAUUGAUAUGAAGACUUUCUGCCAUGUUUUUCCUUUCCAUAUAGUCUUUGAUGAGCAGCUGCUGGUUCGCCAAGCUGGAGUCAAUCUCCAGAGGAUCGUCCCGGGCCUCCAGACGAUGAACAUCCAUCUGGACCAGUACUUCAGUAUUGUGCACCCUGAGGUCACAUUCACCAUCUCCAGCAUCCGCAAGUUCAUCAACAGUCACUUUGUCCUGCAGACACGCCAGGACAUGAUGCCUGAGGCCUGGAGGGACAGGCCUGUGUUGCAGCUCAGAGGUCAGAUGAUCUGGAUGGCCUCUGUGGAGUGUAUGCUCUACCAGGCCUCUCCCCUGCUGAGGAGCCUUCAGGAGCUGGAGGAGAGGGAAAUGCACAUUUCUGACAUCGCUCAGCACGACGUCACCCGAGACCUCAUCCUGCUCAACCACCAGCGGCUGGCUGAAAUGGAGCUGUCCAAUCAGCUGGAGCGAAAGAAGGAGGAGCUGCGUUUGCUGUCUCAGCACCUGGAGGAGGAGAAGAAAAAGACAGAGACCCUGCUGUACGCCAUGCUGCCCAAACACGUGGCCAACGAGCUGAAAGAGGGCAAAUCAGUGGAAGCAGGAGAAUUUAAAGAGUGCACCAUACUAUUCAGUGACGUGGUGACCUUCACCAAUAUCUGUGCCGUGUGUGAACCCAUUCAAAUCGUCCACAUGCUGAACUCCAUGUACCUGCGCUUCGACCGACUCACGACCGUUCACAAUGUCUACAAGGUGGAGACCAUAGGAGAUGCUUAUAUGGUGGUAGGUGGGGUUCCCAUACCGGUUGCCAGCCAUGCUGAGAGGGUGGCGAACUUUGCUUUGGGCAUGACCUUAGCUUCCCGGGAGGUUAUCAACCCUGUGACCGGAGGAUCCAUUCAGAUCCGUGUGGGUCUCCACAGUGGUCCAGUACUGGCAGGUGUGGUUGGGGAGAAGAUGCCUCGCUACUGUCUGUUCGGGGACACUGUUAACACCGCCUCCCGCAUGGAGAGUCACGGCCUCCCCAACAAGAUCCAUUUGAGCCCAUCUGUAUUCCAGGUCCUGAAGAAUAAAUGCUUUGUGAUAGAGAAGAGGGGAGAGAUCGAGGUGAAGGGGAAGGGUUUGAUGACCACUUACUUUCUUGAAAAGAACGUUGGCGUCAGCGAUCAGCAGAUUCUGGGCCUGGCUGACUCAGAUGGACAUGAGGAGAGCCAGACGAGCAGUGAGCCAGCUCUUCAGGGACAGAGUAAAGACGAGCUUUCACUGAAGCCUCUACAAUAUGAAGAUGACCUGCCGCUGUCGGAAGUGCCUGAUGCCCAGAUUUGCCCAUCUCCCAAGUCUAUUGGCCCAGGGAGUUACGAAAGCAUGUGCACAGACGAACAUUCAGAGGACCAGCUAGAAUUAAUGAAGAAAUUUGAUCAAAUGGAGCAGAAAAAUGUUGGGAGAUUAGGUAGUAAGGUGGAAACAGGGGAGCAGCGUUUGAUCACUGCAUCUGUGGAAACCAACUAUUUCACCCAAACCAGGAUCUGUGUGGUCCUCUGA